UCCGCCCGUCAGUCAGACGUUUUUUUCUGCGGGAGUCGAGGGAAGAUGGCGGCUAGGGCACCGGUUGCAGCUUCCGGGCGUUUAUUGGAUGGCUUGCGCAAGUGGUAUUAUGGCGCUGCUGGAUUCAACAAACUCGGUUUAAUGCGAGAUGAUACAAUUUAUGAAGAUGAUGAUGUCAAAGAGGCGAUAAGAAGGCUUCCAGAAAAUGUUUAUAACGAUAGGGCGUUUCGCAUUAAGAGGGCCUUGGACCUUAACAUAAGACAAGCAACUCUUCCUAAAGAAAAGUGGACAAAAUAUGAAGAAGAUAUCCACUAUCUCUCACCCUAUCUGAAAGAAGUUAUCCGUGAAAGGAAAGAGAGAGAAUCCUGGGAAAAGAAAUAAUAUGCUUUCAGUCCCAUGCCAGGAUUUCAAUAUUUAUCAAGGAUGUAAAAAUAAGACAGAUCGUUUUGAAAAACUCAUAUCCGUGUUUGGAGCUGACCCCGAAAUAAAAUGUAAAAAGAAACAAAAAUGUGUCAUUU